UAAUGAAUGUUACUGUUUAUUUUAUAGAUCACAGACUCGUAUAAUUUAGUAUUAACUGAUGUAAAACUGGCGGAUGAAGGUGAAUACAGGUGUGUGGUGUUGAAUCUAAAUCCACAAUCCAAAUCAGCGAACUUGGGUGUGUGGGUCCUACCCUCAGAAGUAUCGAUUGAUGGCGAGAUGGAGAUAAGUAAAGAAAUGCCUGCACCAGGUGAAAGCAUAACAAUCAGCAGGACAUGCGAAGUUGAUGGUGUUGUCCCAAGUGCGACCCUAACAUGGGCCUACAAAAUAUCAUCAGUUGCUACUUCAAUAGAAGGUGAACUGGACAAAGACUUUGUAUCUGGUGAUGUUGAGGAUGUCCCAGAAGGCGUGAAUUACAAUGUUGAGGUGAAGAAGUUUUCAGGAGAGUCAGAUGGUAAAUUUAAAAGCAACAGUACGAUCACAGUUACAUUUACAGCUGCUGAUAACAGUGAUGGAAAAGUAGAAGAAAACCUACAAAUUGAAGUCCGAUGCAAGUCAAAGCAAAUAGGUUUAGUAGAAGAGUAUGAGAGAGAAAGUAAUCCUAUUAAAGUUUCAGUCACUGAACGGGAGGUUAUAGCAUUGACAACGACAUUGCCUGCAGUAAAGAAAACAAGAAUCCCUGGUUAUGCUGAGCCGACAGACAAACCUGGUUCGACAACUAAAGGAAAAGAACCCAUGUCUGGCGCAAAUACUGGAGGUGGAUGCACAUCUGGAUGUGUAACUGGAAUUGUGGUGGCACUACUUCUUGUUCUCAUAAUAGGUGUGAUAGUUGUAGUUAUUUUUGUUUUGAGAAAUAGAAAAGCGAAGAAUGCAAAGCAAGACGUUUCGAAGGAUAAAAAGGGUAACGUGAUGGUAUUUGCUACAUCUCGAGCAAGGUUUGCUUGGGUGAAGUUUAGGGAAUGUGGAGAGCUACUAUAUGGGAAGAGAUUUCCCUUGGAGAUGAAAGGAAUAGUUUAUAAGAGUUGUGUGAGAUCAGCAUUGCUGUAUGGGAGCGAGACAUGGUGUUUGAGUGAAAAUGAGUUGGGUAUUUUAAGGAGGACAGAGAGAGCGAUGGUGAGAGUGAUGUGUGGGGUGAAGUUGAUGGACAGAAAGAUAACUGAGGACUUGAUGCAGAUGUUGGGUUUGAAGGAAGCGGUAGAUCAGUAG